AUGGCUUUCGUAAAGAACAUUAAAACAUCUCCAUAUUACUCAAGAUAUCAAGUCAAGUAUAGAAGAAGAAGAGAAGGAAAGACUGACUACUACGCCAGAAGAAGACUUGUUCAAUAAGACAAGAACAAGUACGAUUCAAAGAAGUACAGACUAGUCGUCAGAAGAACCAACAAGAAAAUAAUCACUCAAAUCAUCUUCGCCACCAUUAAGGGUGAUAGAGUCCUCUGCCAAGCUGACUCAAAGGAGCUUAGAAGAUACGGUCUUGAGGCUGGUCUUACCAACUAUGCUGCUGCUUACUCAACAGGUCUCCUCCUCGCCAGAAGACUCCUUACCCAAUUAGGUAUGGCUGAGCUCUACAAGGGAAUUGAAUCAGCUGAUGGUGAAUUCUUCGAUGUCACUGAGAAGGGUGUUAACCAAGACAGAAGACCAUUCAAAGCUCUCCUCGAUGUUGGUCUUGUUAGAACCACUACUGGUAGCAGAGUCUUCGGUGCUCUCAAGGGUGCUGUUGACGGAGGUAUCUACGUUCCCCACAACACCAAGAGAUUCCCAGGAUAUCAUCUCGAGAAGGCUGCAGCCCAAACCGGUAAGAGAGGUAAAGUCGUUGCUAAGGGUAAAGCUGUCGGUACCUACAACGCCAAGGAACACAGAGAUCACAUCUUGGGUCUCCACGUCCAAACCUAUAUGGACAAGCUCAAGAAGGAAGAUGAGGGAAGAUUCAAGAGACAAUUCAGCAAGUGGUCUGCUAACCUCCAAAGCGCUAAAGUUGCCAACGUUGAAGGUCUUUACAAAAAAGUCCACUCAGAAAUCAGAAAAUCUCCAGUCAGAGUUAAGGCCGAGAGAAAGAACGCUGUUGUCAGAAAGCAAAUCUCAAAGGAGAACGGUUCCCUUGUCCAACAAGACUCCAAGGGAAGAAAGUGGCUCAGACAAUUCAAACUCACCAAAGCUCAAAGAACUACCAGAGUUGCCGCUAAGAUCCAAAAGGCUCUCUCCAAGAAAUGA